AUGGAUUCAAACUAAGUAUGCUAAAAAUGCAAUCCAACUUGUAAAACAUGUAGUGAUUAAAAUACUUGCCUAACUUGUGAUGAUACAUAAUUCAGAGUUUUCAAUAAUAAUACUUAGCAAUGUGAUUGUUUACAAACCUAUUAUUCUAUAAAUUCUUAACCUAAAUGUAUCAAAUGUCCUUAUUACUGUUAAACAUGCGAGUUUAAUAACUAAUAAAAUCUAGUCAAGUGUCUUUAAUGUUUCUAAGAUCCUUUAAUAAAUAGAAGCGGUAUAGGUAAUUGCCAAUGUUUACCUGGUUUUUUUGAUGAUGGUGCUAAUUUAAAAUGCGUUAAAUGCAAUUACACUUGUUAAUAAUGUAAUAAUAAAAGUUAAUGUAGCUCAUGCGAUAUAACUAAAUUUAGAUAAUUAAAUUCAUCUUCUUAAUGUGAGUGCCAAUCUGGAUAUUAUGAUGAUGGAGAAAAUUAAAAAUGCUAAUAAUGUCCAUAUAAUUGUCAAUAAUGCUAAAAGUAAGGAGCUAAUAUAAUUUGCACAGAUUGUAAUACAACAGGAACAUUUAGACAAAAUGAUUAAUUCUGUUCAUGUAAAAGUGGAUAUUAUGAUUCAGGAUAGCUUACAUGCAGUUAGUGUAAAAAUGGUUGUGUAUCUUGUGAUUCAAAUGGUGAAUGCUAGAAUAAUUGUUCAUUGAAUUGUAUAUUUUGUGAUAGUCCAACUGUAUGCACUAAAUGCAAGCCUCUAACAUACUUAGUUGAUAAUUAAUGUAAAACUUAAUGUAAUUCAGAUCAAUAUGCUGAUAAUAAUCAAUAAAUUUGUAUAUCCUGUCCUAAUUUUUGCAAUAAAUGUAAUAUUGACCCUACAAAGUGUUAGUAAUGUGUUUCAAAUUAUGUACUUUAUUAAGACACUUGUCUUUCUAGUUGCCCAGAUGGCAAUUAUAAAGAUUAAAAUAACAUUUGCUAAACUUGUUUAUAAAAUUGUUCUUAAUGUGACUCGAAUGUGACAUGCAAAAAAUGCAAGAAUAACUUUUAUUUAUACUAAAAUAAUUAAUGUAUGGCUACUUGCCCAGAUGGAUAUUAUAGUGAUUCUAACAAUAUCUGUUAAUCAUGCUAGUAAAAUUGUAUUUAAUGCAAUAAUUCUGGAAUUUGUAGCAAAUGUUAAGAUAGCUUUUAUUUAUACUAAAAUUAAUAAUGUUUGAAAAAUUGCCCUAAUAAUUACUUUCAAUAAGAAGCUAGUAAAACAUGUGAGUAAUGUAUGAAAAACUGCUAUUAGUGUAAUUCUUCUAACUCAUGUGCUUAAUGUAUGCAAAAUUUUUAUCUCUUUAAUGAUAACUAGUGUCUCUCAGACUGCCCCUAAUAAUACUAUAAAGAUUCUUAAAAAAAUAUUUGUACCUAAUGUUUGUUGAAUUGCAAAAAGUGCAAUGAUUCUAGUUCUUGCUAGGUCUGCAAUAGUGGAUUUUAUUUACUAAAUAGCUCAUUAUGUGUUUAGAAAUGUCCUGAUGGAUAUUUUGAAAAUGUAAAUUAAAGUAUUUGUUAGUUGUGCUCCACAAACAACUGUUAGAAAUGUAACGAUUAAAAUUAAUGUUUAGAAUGUAAAAAAAAUUAUUUUCUUAAAGAAAAUGAAUGUGUUUUGAGGUGCGGUUAAGGUUUCUAAAUCCAAAAUAAUACUUGCAUUGCUUGUAAAGCAAAUAAUUGUCAAUAAUGUGAUAAAUAAAUAGAUUAAUGUUCUUCUUGUUUGUACAGUUUUGAAUUUUUUAAAAAUGAAUGUGUUGCUAAGUGUUAGAUGAAUUAAAUAAGGGAUGAAAAAGGUAGCUGCUUUGAAAAAAAUUAAUUUAAACUAGAAUAUAAAUCAAAAAAUUAAAUUUAAAUGAUUUUCAAAUCAAAACCUGACUUUGAAGAUAUUAAGAAGAAAUUACAAGUGAGUAUAGCAGAGUUGUAGGGAUAAUUUGAUUAUACAGUAGAUAUUUAAGAUAAUUAAACCUUGCUUAUCACAAUAAAAAGCUCUAAAAAGAUAGACAGUAAAUAAGAUGUUGUUGUAUCAAUAAAUGAUAAUAAAAACGAGUUUAUAAAUCCAAAGCAAUCAAUAGAUAUUUAAAUUACUUCGUAAAAAUAAGAUGAAAAUCCAGUUGCUUCAAAAUCAGUUGAGACUGCAACAUAGGCUGUUUCUACUGCUACAAUAGCUGCGAUAUUUCCACUAGCACUUUCUGGAAACUUUUGGAUGAUUUCAUCAAUAUUAGAUAUCUCAUAAAUUAUUUACAUGACUUCAUUCUUAAAAUUUGAAUAAUCUUCCACUUUGGACACUUUUUUAUCAUCCUAGAAGAAUUUUAAAAUCCCAUUUCCAAAUUUUUUUGAGUACAUGGAUCAUUAUGAAGAAAUAAUUUAUGAUAUACCAUCAUAAAUAUAAGAAAGAGACCUUCAAGGAUUUUAUCUUAGUAAUAUGGGUGACACAAUAUCUUUGCUUGUAGUAAUUCUGUUAGCUUAUUUGCUUUUAAAAUUCUUGGUUUAAAUAUUUAAGAAGUGUUAAAAAAUUCAAAAUGUAAUAAUAAAGCUAGAAAGUAAGCUAUUUCCUAUAACAUUAUUUGCAGAUUUAUCAUGGAUAGUCUAUCAAGAUAUGAGUUUUUCAGUUAUAUUGUAAUUGAUAGCUCUGAAUAUAGCAAAGUAUGCAGUUGAAAUAUUGAACUACUUUAUCUUUUCAAUAAGCUUCUUAGGGAUUAUAUUACCUUUAUAUUUAGCUUUUAUCAUAUACACUGGGUCUAAUAAGGAAAUAAAAAAACAUUUAACAAAAGAUCAAUAAUUCAAUUAUUACUAAAUUCUUCUAUACUUAAGGAAAUUAUUUUAUACUGUAGUUGUUGGAGCAUUAUAAACAUCUCCGAUUACUUAAAUUUUACUCAUUAUAUUAUUUCACCUAAUUUUGUUACUAAUAAUAAUAAAAUUAAAACCCUUCAAAGUAGCUUUUUUGAAUGUUAAGGAAGGAAUUCAGAGUUCAUCUUUCUUAAUAGGCCAUAUCCUUGUGCUUUCUUUGUAUUUUAUUGAUGAAAGUGAUUCUGCUAAUUCUAAAAAUAUUUGCUGGGCUAUACUUUCUCUAUUCUCUUUAAUAAUUGUAUUUGAAGUUAUAUUAUGCUUCAGAGAAAUUUAUAUAGCAAUAAAAGAAAUCUAUAUAAAGUACAAGAAAAAUAAAAAGGAAAAAUUAACUAUUGUUCCUUAUAAUGAGAAAGAAAUCAAUUAAAAAUCAAAUAAUGAAAUUUUAGAUGAAAAAGAAAGCUCUAGUAAAAAAGAAAAUUAAACUCAAAUGUAAGAUUAAAAUGUAGAACUAGAUUCAUCCCCAACUAAAUUAGACAGUAGGUUUUUUAUUUCUUCUCUUAUUGAUCAAAAUUAAACUCAAAUUAAAUAUGAUCUAAACUCACCUGUAAGAAGAGUUUUAAGGAAUGAAAAAAGUUUAAAAGAGGCAGAAGCUAAAACUUAAGUGCCAGAAUCCCAUAAUAUAAGUAAUUUGCUUAAACUUUAUUAAAGUUAGUCAGGAAUAUCUGUGGAGGGUCAAACAUUUAGAGAUUUUAAAGACCUUUAAUCUUAAAGAUCAACUAUGAUGCUGAUGGAAGAAUAAAAUAGAAAAAGUUGUAAUAAUUCUGUAAAUGUAAGUUUCAAAGGACCUGAUGUGAAUGAUAAAAUUUAAUAAAAUUGUAAUUGA